AUGCAGGAAGGACGGUCUUACAAGACCCUCUUCGACACUGUCUUCUACAGAAGCGAGCUGAAAGCUGCUGUUCAAGCCUUCCGUGACAGGCUUCAGGUGAAGAUCCUUUUCACGCACCCCGCCAUCACAUCUGCUGACAUGCACGCGGCAACUUCCGUCAUCUACGAGAGGGCGCGCUUGCUGUCCCCUGUGAGCAAGCUGAAGUUUCAGGAGACCACCACAUGGCAUUACGUUGGUUGUGGCCAAGAGGACCUCAGCCUUAGAAGUUGCCAAACCCUGCAUCUCCUGGAUCCCAAUGCUGCUACCUUUCUCCACAACCUCGGUUAUGUGUACCGCUACGGCUUUGGCGUCGCCCGCGAUUUCCACAAGGCUCGGCAGCUUUUUGAACUCAGCAUGCAAAGAGGAUCCGACCGAUCCCCUGCCAGUCUUGGAAGCAUGUACCACGAGGGGCAGGGUGUUUCCCAAGAUUUCCACAAGGCCAAGGAACUCUACGAGAUGGCCAUCAAAAGAGGAGACGUACAUGCCUUCAUCAUGCUAGGAAUCUUGUACGAGCGUGGGGAAGGUGUCGCCCGAGACUUCCAGAAGGCCAAAGAACUGUAUGAGAUUGGCAUCGAAAAGGGCAGCGCUGCCGCUCACUAUUCACUGGGGAGCAUGUACCAGUACGGCCGCGGGAUUGCUCACGACUUUCAGAAAGCACGGGAACAUUUUGAGACGGCCAUGGCCAAGGGCGACGCCGAAGCCCCCUCUAGCCUUGGAAGCAUGUACGAGUUUGGACAAGGUGUGGCGAAAGACGUGAAAAAGGCCCAAGAACUCUAUGAGAUGGGCAUCGAAAUGGGCAGCGCCGCCGCUCCCUGUUGGCUUGGACACAUGUACUCCCGCGGCGUCGGGGUGGCCCGCGACUUUCAGAAGGCGCGGGAACUUUUUGAGCUGGGCCUGCAAAGGGGAUGGUAUAGAGCCGCCACUAACCUUGGAUUCUUGUACCAGAACGGUCAAGGCGUCGCGGAAGAUUUCCAGAAGGCCAAAGAACUGUACGAGCUGGCCAUGAAAAGAGGUGACGACCUGGCCCCUACCGCGCUUGCAUUCUUGUACGAGAGUGGGCGAGGCGUCGCGCAAGACUUUCGCAGGGCCAAAGAACUGUAUGAGAUUGGCAUCGACAGGGGUGACAGAGGUGCGCGCUAUGCACUUGGGCACCUGUAUCAGUACGGCCUUGGGGUGGCUCGCGACUUUAAGAAAGCACGAGAAUUGUUUGAGCUGUCCAUGCAAGAGGGUGACGCUACAGCCCCCUUUGGCCUUGGGACCAUGUACCAGUUUGGGCAGGGUGUGGCUAAAGACUUCCAGCUGGCGAAAGACCUGUAUGAGAUGGGCACCGAGCGGGGCGGCUCCGCUGCUGCCUGUAGCCUCGGGAGCAUGUACUACUUCGGCAACGGCGUCGCCCGCGACUUUAAGAGGGCGCGGGAGCUUUUUGAGCUGAGCAUGCGAAGGGGAUGGUCCAGAGCCCCCACCAACCUUGGAUUCUUGUACCAGAACGGUCAAGGCGUCGCGGAAGAUUUCCAGAAGGCCAAAGAGCUGUAUGAGCUGGGCAUCAAAAGAGGUGACGACCUGGCCCCAGAAAGCCUUGGGCACAUGUACCGCGAUGGUCUCGGAGUCUACCAGGAUUGGGACAAGGCCAAGGAACUCUAUGAGAUGGGCAUCGAAAGGGGAAGCGCAGAGGCCGCCGCUAGCCUUGCGCACAUGUACCAGACCGUUGCUCGCGACUUUAAGAAUCCGGCUCCAUACUCCCCCUUCAUGCAAGGGGCUGCAGCUUUCCACAAGGCCAAGGAGCUGUACGAGCUGGCCAUUGCGAGGGGUAGCACUUCUGCCAUGUGGUACCUGGCCCUGUUGUACAAGAACGAUCUGAGCUCCGAUGCCCUGGCAUGUCAAUGGAUGGGCAAGGCAAAAGAGGCCUGGGAAGCGCAAGCUGCUGGUCAGCUGGCCGAAUGGCGCUGCUGA